CCAGGAAUGAAAUUACAGAGAAAGUCAUAUGGGUGACAUAAAUGAGUUAAAGCUCUCAUCUGAACUGAAUCCUUCUUCCUGCUUUUUGUCUUUUUUGAGCCACUUGAGCUCCUGUAGUUUGUAGCUUGUGACAUCAUCCCGGUGGUGUGUCGACCUGACAGAGGCCUUCAACGGCACCCGACACACUUCACUGAGAAAAUGCUGCUCAGAAGUUUAACAAAAGCCAAGGAUUGGUUAAACUGGGCCAGUCUAAGACUUGGACUUUGAGUUACCUUUAAAGCCAGAAGGAUUUCUACAAAUAUAGUAAAGCAGAGGACCCAUUUUCAGCUACUUCCUUAUUCGAGGUAUUAAUCCUGUCAAACCAAAACGAUUGAAGAAUGUUCAAAAGUCUGGAAAGUGCACAAUCGAUUCUAUAGUCUCCUUUCUGCAGAGGAACGAUUUUUUUGAAGAUGAGUCACGAAGAAGAAGGAUCUCAAGGGACAGGACUGGGAGAUAUUUUUACCAUUUUGUCACAGGCCCCAUCAGAGCGAUUGCUAAGUCUGACACUGCAGCUGAGUGCUUCACCUGAAGAUGUGAUCGUACAGGCCCUGUGUCUGAUAAUCCUCAAGAGAGAGGUACUCGCCCUGGACAAGCUCCGGACCCUCGCGGACAACCCCCUCGCCGAGCACCUGGCUGAAAAGCUGCACCCCGACAGAUCGGAGGAUUUCUCUGUCCACUGUGGUCAAUUUCAAGCAAACACAAGAGAAUCUUUGUCCGCACUGGCUCGGAUCUUCAGAGUCUUAUCCCAGCAGAGGCUGUGCGAUCAAACCCGAAGAGAUCUGGCGUACGAGAGGGCGCUUUCCAGUGACGGGUCCUCCAGCAACCUGGACGAGUUCAGAGAGGAAGCUAAACUUGUCUGUGGGCCUAAAGUUUUAGAGUGGAUGUGCUCCUCCAAUAACCCCAAACUAGAAUUGAUGAACGAUUUCAAGACAUGUCUGAAUGUGAGUGAUAGCACUCUGAAAACAUCUCCAUCAGCAAGUGUCAACAGUGCUCCGAGUCCUUUAAAGGGAAGCCCUUCAGAGCCAUCGUACCCAAGUACGCUGGAGAUAAGCAGCCCUGGGACUGUUUCGUUUAGAGGAGACAAAGUCUCUCAAGAGACAGUAGAAAGCUCCGAGGUAAAACCAGCCACUCUCAUGGCCUGUGAAACUGAAACAAAAAUGAGUUCCGGGCAGCCUCUGUUAUCUUUGCUUCAACCCACCGGAUCCUCUCUGUCUGACCCCGAGAGAUCACAUCCGACAUUACCAAUUGGCCCGUUAGAGCAUCAUCCGGACACUCCCAGAUCACACACAAACCCCCCAUCUUCUACGAACAUCUGUGGAUCCAGGUGCCCAAUCCAAAAAAAGAUUCACGACAGCAAAGGUUCAGAUGAGGAAGAAGAAGAAGAAGAGGAAACAUUUUAUGCAUUUGUGAUCUUGCAUGCUCCAGAGGAUGAAGAUGUGGCGGAGAGAAUAAAAGACAAAAUUGAAGAGGUCAUUAGCAGCAAAGGGGCAACUUUCUCUGAGGAAUUUGCCAUCCCUGGAAAGUGCCCCCUGAGGUGUGUGGAGGACGCCAUCAACAACUCUGCGUUCACCUUCCUGCUGCUCACCUGCAACUUCAAGUCAAACCUGCUGGAGAUGAAGGCAAACAUCGCCCUGAUGAAUGCAAUACACAAAAUCCACAAAUUCAACACAGUCAUCCCUCUGCUGCCGCGGGAGAACCGCAUGCCCAGGGAUUGCAUACCCAUGGCCCUGAAAGGUCUCGUUGAGCUAGACGAAAACAAGAACUUUGAGAAAAAGCUACAAAAGUCCCUGUCUCGAGCAAAAAUCCAAACUCAGAAAAAAGUCUGGAAAAAAGAGCAGACUCUGAGAAUGACGGAGAGACAGAGUCAGUUACAGGAAACGCUCCGCAUGGGCCUCAAUCUCAAUCAGGAGGAAAGCGGUGAAGACAACAGGACUUGGCAGCAAAAACAUCCAAGCAUUCAUAUUGAAAAUGCUAACUACAUUAUGAUCGGUAAUGACUCUAAAAUGGUGCUGGGUUCAGGUGGAAGUGCAGACAAAGAGGAAUCAGUUUACAUUAAGCAAGAUUGAUAAAAUGCGAAAGUUUGACUUUUCUAUCAGUUCAUAGACUAUGGGAGAAAUUACACUAAAAUGUACAAUAAAUACUUUAUUUCUUUGCAUGGAUCCAAAUCAUGUUAAUGAAAUACUAAACAAAACAUUUGUGUACCAAAAUGACAGGAGCUUUGACUAAAAGUGCAGUAAAAGAUCCCCAUCUACUGGCCACAUUGUGAAACAUUCUUUUUUUCGUUUUUGCUUGUAUUAACUUACUUUAGACACCAGGGGGAGCUGUAAUUACAUUAUCCUUGUCUUCCAAUAAAUCAUCUGAAGUCCAACAACUUCCAA